AUGUCUGUCAGGAAGUACAAGAUCCACGUCCCGGCUACCACCGCCAACGUCGGCCCAGGCUUUGACGUCUGCGGCAUUGCGCUUUCGCUGUCGCUCACGCUGGACGUGUCGAUCCCCAGCGACGGCACUGGCGAUGUCAACCCCACGAUCGAGUACUCUGGCCUCGACUCGGCCAACGUCCCCCUCUCGCCUUACAAGAACCUCCUGACCCGUGUGGCUCUGUACGUUCUCCGUGCCAACGGCAUCACCGCCUUCCCCCGCGGCGUCCACAUCCACGCGCACAACGAGAUUCCCUUUGGCCGUGGCCUCGGCUCGUCGGGUGCCGCUGUCAUUGCCGGUGUCCUCCUCGGCGACCUGCUUGGCGGCUUCAAGUUCCCCACUGCCCGCCUCCUCGACUAUGCCCUCAUGGUCGAGCGUCACCCUGACAACGUCACUGCCGCCCUCGUCGGUGGCUUUGUCGGCUCGUACCUCCGCGAGCUGAGCGAGGACGACAUCAAGGCCGCCGCCGUGCCCCUCGCCGAGGUCCUCCCAGAGUUCCCUCCCGACGCCGGACCCGACUGGGGACCCAACCCUCCCCAGGCUCCAGGUGGUAUUGGCCACUACGUCCGCUUUGGCUGGGCGCCUGAGAUCAAGGCUAUCGCCGUCAUGCCCCGCUUCGAGCUCGCUACCGCCAAGUCGCGUGGUGUCCUCCCCGAGACCUACUCGCGCAAGGACAUGGUGUUCAACCUCCAGCGUCUCGCCGUGCUCACCACCGCGCUCGCCCGCUCGCCCCCCGACGCCGAGCUCAUCUACGAGGCCAUGAAAGACCGCAUCCACCAGCCGUACCGUGUGCCCCUUAUCCCCGGUCUCCAGACCAUCCUCUCCGAGCUCACGUACACCAGCCACCCUGGUCUCCUCGGCAUCUGCCUGUCCGGCGCCGGCCCCACCAUCCUCGCCCUCGCGACCGACAACUUUGAGUCGAUCGCCGCCGAGAUUGUGCGGAUAUUCAAGACCGAGAACAUCGAGGUCGACUGGAAGGUCCUCGACGUCGACACCAAGGGCUCUUGGGUCGAGGAGAUUGACGCCUAA